AUGUCAAAACAUUUGGGAAAGCAAUUAAUCAUGAUCGCUUUGGCGAUUCAGCUCAAACAACUCUGCGUAGCUGCCGACAUACCGAAUUGUGAAUUUCGAGACACCGUUAGUCUAGUAAAUAUACGACCAAAUGCAGAUGGUUCAUACACAUAUCAGGGCUUACGCAUACCUCAAAACAUGACAGCCACCUACAGUUAUGAGGAACUCUCCGAUGGCACAUUGGUUACCGCAAUACCCCACAUCAGGGGCUGUGCCUGCAAGCUGAAGCAAUGCAUACAACUCUGUUGCUCACGAAACGAGCUGUUGGACGAAAAGACGCAAAAAUGCGCACCCAGGAAUGUGGUUGAUUACCCUAGAAUUAGCACUUACUCGUAUAUGCCAAACGAUACAAAGAAAAUACACAAAAACCCAAAUGUCGACGUGUUUGAGGAUUUUAUAACGCAAAAGCGUAUGCCUUGUGAGGAGUUUAAAAUUCUCAAUAGUGCACUGGAAGAAGAUUUUAAUAUUCUCUUUGAGAACGGCAUUAUUUUAUACGCGAUUAAAAUGAAAUAUAUAACACAUCGUGAUUUUUGUUUAACACCCUUUUGGUACAACGAAACAUGGAGCUUGAAUCCCGUCGAAUGUUUUAAGAAAAUCCCAACGACGACUUAUUUGUAUAUGGCAUUAUUUACUAUAUCGGUGCCGUUCAUCUUCGCCACAAUUUGUGUGUAUUUAUAUGUGCCUCAACUACGCUGCCUGCACAAUAGCUGUCUCGUCUGUUUCCUUGGCACUUUCGCGCUCGGCAGUCUAAUUUUGUCGUCGGUUUUGUGGAUCAGAUACAAUUGGGUGGUCUGUCAAGCAAUGGGUGUCUUGUGCUAUUUCUUCAUGAUAUCUGCUUUCUUUUGGCUGAAUAUUACUUGUUUCGACUUAUGGUCGAAUAUACGUCGCAUCAGAUAUGAGCUGCAGUCGAGCAGUCCGCGUUUACGGUUCGCUUACUAUUCGAUUUAUGUGUGGUCAGCGGCAGUGAUUUUUACAGUUACCGCUUUAACUAUUGAAUAUACGAAUGUAAGCGACGCUUGGAAGCCAGGUUUUGGCAAUGGUCAAUGUUUCAUAAAAUCAAGAGAUUGGUCAGCACUGCUAUAUUUUCAAGGACCAAGCGGUUUGCUGAAUUUAUUUAAUGUUUUCUUCUACACAAUGAGUGUCAUAAAUUUGUAUCAAAUCAAAGAAGACUCGUAUGAGAUCAAGAAAGAGACGAGUCAGCAAUACAAGCUUUCAACAUUUCUGCGUUUAUUCCUGGUAAUGGGUGUUUCAUGGAUUCUAGAGUUCUUUACCUACUUAUUUGCACAAAAUAAUUCGUUUAUCAUUGUAAUAUUCAAUACGUUGAAUGCCUCACAGGGCAUAAUAUUAUUUGUUGUACUUGUGCUGAAGCGGAGAGUAUUGAUUUUGCUCAAGAAUCAUAUCGCUUAUGUGCUUGCGUCGCGUUUAAGUAUUCGGAAUGUGCGCUGUUAUGGUGAUAAUAAAUUACUUGGAAUACAAAUACGAAGUAAAAUUCUGACUUGCACACUCAAACUCUUUUUACAAAGUUAUACAAAUAUGUCUAAAUCUCACGCAAGACGUCUAUUUUUGCUCGCCUCAAUGCGUUUGCUUUACUCCGUUCAAUUUGUGCUUGCCGACAUACGAAAUUGUGAUUUCAAAGAUACCGUUAAUCUGGUAAAUAUUCGACCAAAUAAGCAUGGCGCCUAUGAUUAUGGUGGAAUAAGCAUACCCAAAACUUUAACUGCCAACUACGAUUAUGAAGAACUCGCCGAUGGCACGCGCUUUACUAGCUCAGCACAUACCAGGGGCUGUGCGUGUAAACUGAAGCAGUGCAUACAACUUUGUUGUAUGCCAAACCAACUGCUAGACAAGCAGACGAUGAAGUGUGUCACACCCAACGAUCUUAGCUUGGAAUAUUUACCCGAACUUGAAAUAUUUAGUGAAGAUCUGGACUCUACUUUAGUCAACGUAAGUGAAGCUUUUAUUUCACAGCAGCGAUUACCGUGUGAUAACUUUGCUAUACUGAGUCCAUGGGAGUUUGAAGACGACGCAUACAUUUUAUUUGAGAAUGCCUCAAUAUUACAUAUGAUUAAUGAGGAGCUUAUACCCUAUCGAGACUACUGUCUAACACCUUACUGGUACAACAAUACAGUGAAUUUGAAUCCUAUUAUCUGUUAUGCGAAAACAGCGACGACAACUUAUGUCAAUAUGUUGUUCUUGUCAAUAUCAGUGCCAUUCCUCUUGGCGACAAUCUGGGUAUACUUGUAUGUGCCGCAGCUACGUUGCCUACACAACAGCUGUCUCAUCUAUUUUCUGGCUACCUUCGCCAUCGGCACCGCUCUACUAAGUUCAACAGCAUGGAUCACUUACGGUAUGGAGGCCUGUCGUAUAAUAGGUUCAGUAUGCUAUUUCUUCAUGAUAUCUGCUUUCUUUUGGUUGAAUAUUACCUGCUUCGAUUUAUGGCUGAGUAUACGUGGCAUCAGAUAUGAGCUGCAGUCGAGCAAUCCGCAAUUACGUUUCUUUUAUUAUUCGAUUUAUGUGUGGUCAGCGGCUGUGAUCUUUACCGUUAUCGCUGUAACUAUUGAGCAUUUUAAUAUAAAUGAUGCCUGGAAGCCGGGAAUCGGUAUUGGACAAUGUUUUAUAAAAUCGGCGUCGGCAAUGCUGUAUUUUCAUGGACCAAGCGGUUUGCUGAUAUUAUUUAAUAUUAUCUUUUUCUUCUUGAGUGUAAACGAUCUUUAUCAAAUCAAAGAUGCCAACUACCAAAUCCAAAGUGAUAAUAGCCAGCAAUACAAGUUCGCCACAUUUUUACGUUUAUUCAUCAUUAUGGGUAUUUCAUGGAUUAUGGAAGUGAUAUCGUACAUCACGCCGACAUAUAAUUCGAUUAUUUUCACAAUUUUCAAUAUAAUCAACUCGUCACAAGGCAUAAUAAUAUUCGGAGUACUCGUGUUGAAGCCGCGGGUGCUAAUGUUGCUAAAGAGUCGGUGGAAGGCAUAAUUGUCUUGGCGGCCAUAUACUAUUUAUAUAGUUUUACAAAGCCACGCAACCGAGUUGAUUCGUUUGUACGAUAAGAAGUCGUACUUUUUAAAUAUUUUGAUGACGAUGGGAGAGCCAGAGAGAGUAUAAGUCAUUAUACGGCAACAUACAUAUGGAUAUGUACAUAUACAUAUAUAAUCUUCAUAAACGUUUAUAAAUACAUUUGUAGGUACGAUAUAAGCAAUGAAUUGUAAAGCUGAUCUCAUAUAUUUUCAAUUGCUUACUAUAAUUACAAACAACUACAACAACUUUAAGAAUUUUAA